CUUUGCGGUACACACAUGCUCGGAGGAAGUCGGAUGGAAAGCGGAGGACAAAGCGACAUGACUGACUGAGAAUCAGCGGCAGGACUAAAAGUAGAAGAUCAAAUUCACGUUUUCCUCCGAUCUGAAAGGCUGCGAAAUCUGGAAGAGGAAACCGGAUUUAACUCCAAAAUGGAUCUUGAUGAUAAAGAAAGUCUCCCUGGAGAGAUUUUGCCUGUGGUGAUCAUCGGUAACGGCCCAUCAGGGAUCUGUCUGUCAUACCUGUUGUCAGGUUAUACCCCCUACCUGUCACCUGAGGCAUCGCACCCCAACCCCCUGCUGCUCAGCAAGCUGGUAGAGCAGCCUCACCUGUCGCUGCUGGAGCAGGAUCUGGAGUACCUGUGCGAGGGGUUGGAGGGGCGUUCGUCCAAUCCCGUGGCCGUGCUCUUUGAUUCGCUGCUGCUCCCCGACAGUGACUUCGGACUGGACUACACCUCUCCACUGGAAUGGAGAUAUGAGCCUGAGCGAGCCAUCCCACACCUGGUGUUGGGGAAGGGCCCGCCUGGAGGAGCCUGGCAUGCUAUGGAGGGCUCCAUGCUAACGCUGAGCCUGGCUAACUGGAUGGAGCUUCCUGGACUCAAACUGAAGGACUGGAUGAGAGAAAAGCGCAGAAAUGUACGAAAUGACCGUGCCACACCAGCAGAGAUCGCCUCCUACUACCAACACUACGUUUCCCAGAUGUCCCUGGAGCGAAACUUUGCCUGUGGAACCAAGGUCACCUCGGUAACCAUGCAGCCUGGCAACCAGGAGGGGUCACCGCCCUGCUGGAGAGUGAUGGGACUGCAGCGCCGAGAGGGGGAAGAGUUGGGAGAUGGUUCCUCUGUAACGGAGGAGGUGCCUUUUUCUGUCUUGGCCCACAACGUGGUGUUGGCGACUGGGACCCACGACAUCCCGGCCAGACUUGGCGUGGAGGGCGAGUCGCUGCCCUUUGUCUGCCACUCUUUCUGGGAGCUGGAGGCCGCCAUCUCUCGUGGCGAGCUCGACCAGUCUUCAGACCCGGUGCUGGUGGUGGGAGCUGGGCUUACGGCGGCCGACGCAGUACUUGCCACACACCAUCUCAACACGCCCGUGUACCACGCCUUCAGACGCUCGGUCACUGACCCAGGCCUCAUUUUUAACCAGCUGCCCAAACUGCUCUACCCAGAGUACCACAAGGUCCACCAGAUGAUGACUCAGCAGCAACACCAAUCAAGUCCUCCAGCACAGGACCGGACCCAGGACCCCCAUCACCACACCACCCCUUUGUCUUCUUCCUCCUUCUCUCCAUCCUCCUCCUCACCCCCCUACCCAGGUUACCUGAGCUUCCCAUGUCAUAGAGUCGUGGAGUUCAGACCUGACCGAAAGUGUGUCCUGGAGUCAGACUCUGGCCAGCGGACGGUGGUCCAGGUCUCCAAGGCGCUGGUUCUCAUCGGUGCCCACCCCAACCUUUCCUUUCUGGGAGACAACGGGCGUACAUUUGGCAUCAACUCUGAAGAACCAAUCACAUGCCGAAGGAACCCGAUUGAGGUGGACCCGUUCACGAACAAGGUGGUUGCAGCAGAUGGGCCGGGCAUGUACGCCAUGGGGCCGUUAGUUGGCGAGAACUUUGUGAGGUUCCUGAAGGGAGGAGCGCUGGCCAUCGCUAGCAACCUCGCCAAGAGACAAAGAGAGGGAAGAGGAGAAGGGGAUUUGGCUGCUGACAGAUUAAUGGACAAAUGGGUGGACAGGCAGGUGACCAGACAGACACAAGCAGAAGUGUGUGUUCUGGACUUGUAGCAGGUUCACUGGGACAGAAAGGUCAAAUGGACUGAGGCAAACUGACCUACUCUGAUCCAAUCGAGACGAAACUGGAACUGCAGCAAAGAAAAGGCACCGGUCACGUUGUCCAGAGAUCACAGAGUGGGGAAAUCAGACGCCUUGCUAAGUUAAAUCUACUGUGUGGGCUCUGCAGCUGGAAUUGCACUGGUUUGGACUUUUAUCUUAUUAGAUUUACUGUAGAUCUGGUCUGACAGGCCUCCAGACCUGAGGCAUUCUGAAAGCUAAAAUCAGCUUGAGAAAUGCAGAGUCGUGCUGGUGGGAUCCUACAGAAAUGAGGGUUAGUCAUGUGUGAGCUGGGGAGAUGGAGGGAGAAUUAGACAGUGACACUGGAGCGGAGGACAUGAUGGAGGAGAAACAGAUGGGUCAUCCCCAUAUGAUUAUAAAGCUGUAAAUGUACAUGUUUACCAACUGGAAGUUGCUCUGGGAGGUGGUUAACUCCACUGUGACCUUAUAUGAUGUUUCACUUAGAGCAGAUGGAUGACCAAUCAUAAUGUGCCAAGGGCCUACACCGACAAAGGAGAUCUGAAAAGGGCAGAAAGCAGAGAGAGAGAGAGUUAAAUGGCAAUAAGAUAGAAAGAAGUAGAAAAUGGAGAGAGAAGGUAGAAGAGUGGAAGUAAUGAGAAAGAAAAUCCUGAAAAUCUGAGUGAAGUGGUCUUUACAGAAUCAUUUCUCAUCGCUCAGAGCCUUGAUCACUACAGUAACCUCCAGGUUAAAGCUUAACCUGGUCAUCCUCAUUCUUUUCCAAAACAAUACACGAUGGGGAUGAUUAACAUGUUUCCAUAGAUAAAAAUGUAUUUUUCUUUCAGCUGGUUCAUUUUGCUACACUACACUGUCACAAACAGCUAAUGUCUGCAAAACAAACUGGCUAAGAAUUAAUUCCUGCAUCUUUCUUUACACAGGUUUCUGUGUGGGUGUUUGAAUAUUAUGGGUUUGCCGUUUUGUAAAUCUGUGGUGCUGUAUUUUUCUAUGUUGAUAUGAUUUAACAUGCAACUGUACCUACCUGAUGUCAUUGUAAAUUGUUUAUGAUUAUGAAAAGAUUUUGUACUUUAGAGGACAAAAGAGAAAAUAUAUAUGUAUGUAUAUUUUUCUAAUUCUUACUGAAAAUGCAGCUGUUGAAACAAGAGAUUGGCUUCAUUGUGAACACUAAUAACAAGAACAUAACAAUAUUUAAUGAAUGACAGAAAAGCAGCACUGUUUCUUAAGCUAUUGUUGUGCUAUUAAUGGAAUUUAUUUCACCGUGAAUCUACGACGUCUCUAACUUGGUUUAAAAGAUUAAGUCACGUAAGAAAAAUAAUGCAGUGCAAAUUGAAAUCUGGUUGAUUUCAGUAAAAAUCUACUCUGCCACUUCAAGAUGCACUUUUUAUAAGUAUUUUCACCACAAUCUUAAAAGUCCUGAAGAUCCUGUAAAAAUGUUCAGGAAUUUAAGGUUUAACAUUCAAAAUGCUGAAGAUGUUCCUUAGUUUCAUUGAGCAGGAAACUAGUUACUGAACCCAGUAAGUGUAAAAAGUAAAACCAGUUCCAUCCUUAGAUAGUUUAACCUUCAGCCUGCUGCUAGUGAAGAAAAUAUUUCAUGAUUUAUAACCAGUGUAGUUGGGAAUGUUGGCUGCAGUUUGGACCUUAACAGACAGUUUUUCCAAAAUAAGAUUAACAUUUGUAAAAAUGAGUCAUAUGGAAAAAAUGAUUACAUGAAGGAGAAAAGUUCAUGUGCUCUCUGCUCUGUAAUUACAGCUCCCACACGUAACCUAAAGUGAUGAGUUGAUGGAUAUCUUGUUUUAAAAGAUUUAUAUGAAGAUAUAAAUCUUUCAAAACAAGAAUCAAACAUCAGUAAUUUUCUUCAGACAGCUGGUCGCUGUAGUUUUUGGAAAAUGUUACUCAAACAGGAGGAUUUUUGGGGGGAUUAUUUUCAGCAGUUUAUUUAUACACAUUUGGUGAUGGAGUAUUUCCAGUAGCAGGACACAAUGUGUGGGACUGAGUUAAAAAAAACAAAACACUACAGUGUGUGAUUAUGGCAGUGGAGGAACAUGUCGCACAGCCCAGACCCAAGAUGUGGCUCAUUGAUGUCUUUUUCAUAGUUUCAGAUAAAAGUACAGGAAUAAGACAGAUCAGGCUGAAAUCAAGCUAGAUUUGCACAUUGAAAUCAGCUGUUGAUUAAAAUCUGUGCCUAUUAUUUGGCAGUUAAUUCAUGAAUUGGCUAAUUGUUUCAGUUUGACUACAGACAGAGUUGUAGUUUUUUAUCAGCUAAAGAGAUGAGUACA